AAAAGUUGCAAUUUUUUCUUCGAUAAAUGGCUCAAAUUUGAGAACCCAUUUUUAAAGUAUCUUCCUUUUUUCAGGUUUAGAUGGAUUCUCCGUUGCCUCUGGAUAAAUUGUCUCUAGGAUCAAUAGCCAAGGACAAGAUAUGUGUUGUGUUAGUAGCCACUGGGAGCUUCAACCCUCCUACUUUUAUGCAUUUAAGGAUGUUUGAGCUGGCAAGGGAUGCAUUGAAUUCAGAGGGAUAUUGUGUGAUUGGAGGCUAUAUGUCACCCGUCAAUGAUGCAUACAAGAAGAAGGGUCUUGUCUCUGCUGAACAUCGUAUUCUGAUGUCUAACCUGGCAUGCAAAAGUUCAGAAUUUAUAAUGGUUGAUGAAUGGGAGGCCAAACAAAGUACCUAUCAGCGCACUCUAACUGUUCUGUCUCGGGUCAAGAGCUUUCUGACUGAUCGUGGAUUCAUACCCAAGGAAUCCCUUAAGAUCAUGCUUGUAUGUGGUUCUGAUUUACUCCAAUCUUUUGGAAUUCAAGGAUUUUGGAUCCGUGAACAGGUCAGGAUCAUAUGCAGAGACUUUGGUGUGGUUUGCAUUCGCAGGGAAGGACAAGAUGUGGAUAAAAUCAUCUCAGAUGAUGAAAUUUUAAGGCAAAACAUGGUAAACAUUAAAGUUGUCGAUGAACUUGUGCCAAACCAGAUCAGUUCAACUAGAAUGAGGGAAUGCAUUUCAAAAGGGUUGUCAAUAAAAUAUCUAACCGUGGAUGAAGUGAUUGAUUAUAUCAAAGAAAAAGGUUUAUUCUUGAACUCAGAUGACAAAUGUGUGCAUUAGAAUCUUAUUUUUCUAAUUUUCUUCCUGUGAAAACACCAUAGUCGGGUCAAAGGUCCAUAUGCCUACCUUAUACAAAAAAAUAAAAUAAAUUAAAACUUUGGAGCAAUUGUCAAAUCCUCUAAAACAGUGUAUAUCUUGUGUUUCUCAACAUAUCUAUUGCAGUAACAAGAUACAAAGUAACAGUAUGGACAUCAGCUGUUAACAAUAUACUUUGUCAUAAGCA